UAACGGAGUCAGAUUUGUAAAACAAUCGACAGUUGCUUGUAGAUUCUGUGCGAAAUGGCUGAUAUGGAGAAAUAUGAACCUAAAGAAAGCAAAUGGGAGAAAAGGAAAUAUUUCUUAAGACAGAUGACAAUCAGUAGUGGUGGAUGGACAUGCUACUUCAUCAUGGGGAUGUCCUUCGGGGCUUCCACAGUCUUCAUCCCACAGAUCAGGAAAGAGGCCAACUCUGACGAUGCUAUCAGCGAAUCUACUGCUUCUUGGAUACCCGCCAUCAUGGUCUACUCCGGCUUACCUUGGACGUUCAUCCUACCAAUCUUCAUGAAGUACAUUGGCCGAAAAUAUACCUUCAUGUUCGUCUCAAUCAGCAACUUGAUCAGUUUCAUCGUUUUCUACUUCAGUGUCACAGUCAAUCAAAUCAUCAUCAGCCAAGUGAUUAAUGGCAUCAACACAGGAUCCCACUUCACCGUAUCUGUGAUGAUCAUCACUGAGUACACCUCACCAAAGCAUAGAGGAUUUUUCUUGACAGUGAAAUCUGCUACUCUCUUCUGGGGUAUUUUCAUGUCUAAUGCCAUUGGGACAUUCUUCCACUGGAGAAACAUUGGUCUGGCUGGGAUUAUCUGCAGUGCCUACGGUCUUUUGAUAGCAAUAGUUCUCCCAGAAUCACCAUUUUGGUUGGCGACAAAACAGCGCUAUGAAAGAGCCGCAGACACGCACAGGUGGAUGAUGGGAUUCAGCAAACAAGCUGAAACAGACUUAGAGAAGUUGAUUAACUAUCAAAAGAAUCUCAAUUUAGAAGCACAGAAGAACAAAUUCGAAUUGAAAGGAUACAUUAUAGGGUAUUUGAGGAUAGUUUCCAAGAGACAGUUUUACAAGCCGUUGGUUUUGUGUCUGAUUGUUCAUUCUCUUUAUAUAUUCUCGGGUAAAGUAGUAUUUAGCGUUUAUGCAAUAGAUAUCAUAAGUAAAAUCACAGCUGGGCACCACAUUUCACCUUACACAGCCAUGUUGAUUCUAGACGGUGUCACUGUACUUUGUAUGUACAUUGGAUGUUUGGUUGCUAAAGUAUUGCCACGAAAGAAACUAUUGAUAGGAUCAUCAUUGGUAGGAAUUGGUUUUCUUUUAUCCAUAUCCUUAUACGCAUACUUGAUUAAAUUGUCAUUAGUAGUAGAGAAUAAUUACUUUGCUAUAUUCUUGCUUAUAGGAUAUUCAAUGGGAUUAUGUUUUGGACCUGUUAUAUUGACACAGACAAUAUCUGGUGAAUUGGUUUCUAUAGAGGCUCGUGGACUUUCAUCGUGUUGUAUGGAUUUAUCAUCAAAAGUACUAUUAGGUACUUUGGUUAAAAUGUCACCAUUCUUAUUCAAGUCUUGGGGAACACAUGGAGCCUUCCUCUUCUUCGGUCUCGCUACAUCAUUCUUCUUGUUCUUGAUUUAUGUAUUUUUACCUGAAACGAAAGACAUGACAUUGCAAGAAAUUGCCGAAUGGAUGAAAGGUUCUAAGAGGGCGCCUGUGGUUCAAGAAGAAAUGAACUUUUUACCUCAAGAGAAGAAGUAGAAAUUUGAAAGUUUGGAGUUUUGGUGCUAGUCAAUUUCAUUGCUUUUUUGCUCG